CUCUUUUUGCAUGCGGCCGAGUCGUGGUCAGCCGUUUGUUUGUGGGAAAUUUUGCGCGUUGUCGAUAAAAAAUGUUAGUACUUUUUGAAUCGCCAGCCGGCUAUGCCGUCUUCAAGGUUCUCGACGAGAAAAAAGUUCAGAAGACCGAUAACUUAUUCAAGGAGUUUGAAGAUGCAUCCGGUGCUGCCAAGAUUCUCAAACUCAAGCAUUUCCAGAAGUUUCAAGACAUGACUCAGGCUUUAAGUGCCGCCACGGCGGCCAUCGAAGGCAAAUUGUGCAAGCCUCUCAAAAAAGUUUUGAAGAAGCUAGCUGUUAGCGACGCACACGAGACUCUGGCUGUUGCAGACGCCAAGCUGGGAAAUAUCAUCAAAGAGAAGAUGGAUAUUCUUUGUGUAGCUAAUUCAUCCAUCCAGGAAUUGAUGAGAUGUAUCCGGUCUCAGCAGGAAGCUUUGAUUACUGGGCUGUCUCAGAGGGAAGCAACAGCAAUGGCUCUUGGUCUUGCCCAUUCUCUUUCACGAUACAAGCUCAAAUUUUCACCAGAUAAGGUAGACACAAUGAUAAUUCAAGCGGUGUCAUUGUUAGAUGAUUUGGACAAGGAGCUAAAUAAUUACGUCAUGCGGUGCAAAGAAUGGUAUGGCUGGCAUUUUCCAGAAAUGAGUAAGGUGGUGACGGACAACAUGUUAUACGUUAAAACUGUGCGCAAAAUGGGAAUGCGUAGCAAUGCCAUUAAUUUGGACUUAUCGGAUAUUCUGCCCGAGGACCAAGAGGCAAAGAUUAAGGAGCUGGCUGAAGUCUCUAUGGGUACAGAAAUUGCUCCUGAUGACGUGGCUAAUAUUAUGCAUCUUUGUGAUGAGGUUAUUCAAAUGACCGAAUACCGAGGGACCCUUUAUGAGUAUCUUAAAAAUCGUAUGACAGCGGUAGCUCCUAACCUGACAGUCCUUGUGGGUGAAUUAGUAGGUGCUCGUUUAAUUGCUCAUGCCGGUUCACUAUUGAAUCUAUCUAAGCAACCUGCUUCAACUGUCCAAAUUCUUGGUGCAGAAAAGGCACUCUUCCGCGCUCUGAAAACCAAGCACGAUACACCCAAGUACGGCCUUAUCUACCACGCACAAAUGGUGGGUCAGAGUAGCCAAAAAUGUAAGGGAAAAGCAUCAAGAUGGCUGGCAGCGAAAUCAGCUCUUGCCAUCAGGGUGGACGCUUUAGGCGAAGACACUGACACUGAAAUGUCGCUUCGAAAUCGAGCCAACCUUGAGGCGCGUCUCAAGAUGCUUGAAGACGGUAAGCUAACACGAAUAUCGAAGACUGGCGGUAGCAAGUCAAACAAAUUCGAUGUGUAUCGACAUAAAAGUGAGAUCCUUGAAUAUAAACCCGCAAAAGACUCUACCUUAGGAAAGAAGCGCAAGACGUUCGCCGAUGAUGACGACGAUGCCCCUCAUGAACCUAAACAGUUCAUUAAGAAAUCAAAACAUUCAGAUGUGCAGCAGGAACAGGAAGAGGAUCAAAAGGUGGAACAAGGCAGCGAAGAACAGUCUCCGGUUGAAAAGAAGAAAAAAAAGAAAAAGAAGUCAAAGGUUGCUGAAGAGCAGGAAGAGGUUGAGUGAAUUUGGUAGAAUAUUCUGGUCCAUUCCUUACCCGAUGCGACAAAAGGCCCCUAGUUUAUAUAAAAUAAGUGUUAUAUGUGUAUUUAAAGAUGGAAGUAAGAAAACAUCAUUUCAAGUGGCUUCUUCGUUUCUCACGCGCAUCUACUAAUCGUAUUUCCGAUUAAUUCAAACUCUACAAAAGAAGAGGAGAUCCCGUUAUUAUUAGACAACAGGCAAAGGGUAACAUUAAGACGAAUUGGCUGGACACAGAUUACGUUAAGCUUUAUUUAGCAAACUAGGUUUUUUGUUUUUUGCACUUGAGGUUCUUUCUCUAGCCUGUUGAUGAACAUUCUCCGCAACAGUUAGCUUGUCAAGGAAGAUGUAAACGUAAUAUCAAUGAGAUCACAAGUGAUGCAUCCGGCAAAGUUGAAAAGAAAUUGUUUUAUCGAAGUCUGGUAAAAGUGUAAUGUAGACAAACUGCUAUAUGAUGAUCUGAGUGUAAAGGCGAAGAAGUCCAUACAUGAUUGUGUAUAAAUGGGUAUGCCUAACUCAUAGUUAAAAUAAUUAUGUAGUCAGAAUGAAGUGAUGCUAUAAGUGUAUACUAAAUUUGUGGUCUGCUUAGAAAUUUAAUUAUUAGACGUGUAUUUUUUGUUUUUGUAAAAUAUAAAUUUUAAUUUGAUAAUAUUUCUUCGAAAUAAUGUUGGCAUUUUUUGCCUGAUUUAUUUAAACUGCUGCUGUUAACCAAUCUUCGGACGCUUCUAUGAGUGCUUUCCAGUAUUGCAAAAGAAGUUUUGUAGAAUGCUCAAAUCAUAAAAUGCUUUAAUUAAAGUAUCAUGCUUGAUAAAUUAAGCCUGGGCCCGGUCAACAUUAGGCUGGGAAAAACGAAGCCAAACGGUGUCUUUUCAGGAUUUUAUUUCAAACAGCAGUCAAAAUAAAACAAUUAAAUGACAGAUAUUUACUAACAUAAUCGGAUAGAGAUAUUUCAAAUUAGCAUUCACAUAAUGCGAAAAGAUUUUUAUCACCAUAAAUUGAAUUUGCUCCUAGCUGAAAACUUAUUUCUAAAUAUUCUUCCAUAAAUGAAUAAAACUUUAUCAUAAGGUGAAAAAAAGCUGAGUUUGUUUAGAUAUAACAGAAUUUAUUCUGCAUAUUUGUCAACCGUAAGAUUCGCUUAUAUGUGCAAAUGUGCUAACUUGCAUUAGCUCCAUGAACAAACACCCCAUGGCGUAGUUAAACAAUUUUGUUUGUUUUUUAGUAUUAUUAUUGCCGCGGUACAGAUUGUCUAUCCUAUUAAGAUUUUCAUUUUCAUACCUAAAGAACCAUUGAGAUAUCACCACUCAUUUUUCGGUCAACAUCUAAAUAUACAUUUUUGCCGUGGUAUGAACUAAAACAGCACCGAAAGGUCUAUGUGCUAUUACUAUAUUUUUUGAAGUUUCUUUUCGCUCUCUAUCGAAUUCGCUCCUACAUUAUUCGGCAUGAGGGUGUGUGUUAUUCCGUAAUGCUCACGUACCGUAUGCGCAUAAUAUAUCCGUAUAUAAACAUUUUAGCGAGCUUUGCAAAUAUUUCGCUCAUAAUUUAUUUUUAUGUUAACACCCAGAUACAACUCCGUCUCUUCAAGUCUAUUGUCGUCUGCUCUUCAUGGAUUUAGCAAUUACAGAUUCACUUCUAAAUGUCAACUUCUAUAAUUGAAUAGUAACAAGGGCAUGUAACAAUAGCUAUACAUAUUUAAAAUCUAAAUUUCAUAUGACCAUUACUAGGAUUAUCCACCCUAGUUACUAAUGUUACUGCAAUAAAUUAGCCUAAAAUUCUAAUCAAUAUGUUCAUCACGAAGCACGUGAUAAAUCCCCUUUAAGGGGUCUCACUGAAACUGUACUCAAUAACUAUAGGACACUAAACCUUUUAUAUCGGCUAAAAUGUUUCGAUCGCGGAAAGGUGAUUAUAAUGCUUCUAUAUGCUAUUAUUAUAUUUUCUGAAAUUGGCUUCCGCUCUCUAUGAAAUUCGCUCCUACACUAUCCGGCGUGAGCGUGUAUGCUAUUACGUGAUGGUUAGGCACCGUAUGUGCAUAAUACAAUAAUAUAUCUGUAUAUUAACGUUUUAGCAAGCUUUGCAAAUUAUUCGCUCGUAAUUUUUAUGCUAACGCUCAAAUACAACUCGGUCGCUUACAGUCUAUUGUCAUCUGCUGUUCAGAGCUUUAUCAAUUACUGACUCAUUUUUACCUCAUUUCAUUGACUUCAUUUCUAAAUGGAUACACGCAUCCAGCUGAUAUUAUUGGUUCACAAAAGAAUCUUGCCACUGAAAAACUUGUACAUACUUUUUUCAAGGAGGAACAUAUCAUAGGAUCGUGUACAAGUCAUCUUUUUGUAUAUAUGACAAGGGCACUGAUUUGCGUGAAUCGCUUGAGAUCGUUUUAUAUGAUUAGUACUAUAUAGGAAUAUCUCUUUCCACAAAAUUAAAGUUGCACGAGACACUUUGUCUGUUCAUGAGGGCCCAAGAAUGUGCUACUGUGGGUUCGGCG